AUGUUGCUUAUUUCAUUGUUUUGUUUCGUUAACUCAUUCGAUCGACUGAACGCUCAAUUGGAUUUCACCAAGUAUGGAAUUGGAGAAGACUACUCACUUUUCAUGAACAACAUGACCAAUCUCAAUGAUGAGCUUUUCAAUAAACGAAACUAUAAUCGAUUUUUGUCACCAAUCUUUUUGAAAGAUUAUCGAACAGCAAAUGACUCAAAACCACUCGAAGUACAUUUUCAACUUUGGUACUUCAAAAUGUUCUACUUGGAUGCUGACACUCAACAACUCACCUUUGGUGCCGAGUUUAUCGAGAUUACUAUAAACAUCCAUCAGCUUCGUUUUCUUUUCAGCAAAACACUCACUACUAUACACGACUCAUCGAUUCGACAGGUGACAAUCAGAAGCGAUGGAAUCGUGACAAUGCCCACCGUAUAUUAUGUUGAGAUUGCUUGUCCGAUUACGGUGGAUACUUUCCCGUUUGAUGUUCAAGCGUGUCAGAUACCAAUUCUUAGUUUUUUAUACAGUCCGGACGAUAUAUUAACAAACGGUACGGUGGCUCCAGCAGCUUUAUCACUUGAUGGGGGUAACGGUGAAUGGAACGUCACCCAUAUCACCACAACGACGACCAGCUUUGCAGCCACAAUGCAAGUAUUUUAUUUCAUUAUUCAUCUAAAAAGAGUUCCAAAUUUCUACGUUUACGUGAUCGCUUUGCCGUGUUUUAUUUUGACAAUGCUCUCAGUUAUUGGAAUGUUCUGGUCGCCAAAUAUUAGAAAGGAACAGCUCACGAAAUUAAGUAUCGGUUUAACAAGCCUUGUUUCGAUGACAGUCUUGCUCGAUCUCUUAUCGACGGCUAUUCCAAAGACAAGAGUUUUUCCUUUGUUGGGUAUUUACGUCGUUGUCUGCGUGGGGAUCAUCUCGGCCGCUUGUGUCGUCAUCGUAAUGUUCGCUCUUCAAAAUCCGAGAAAGAAAAACGAUUGGGAGUUAAAAAAAGAAGCUCACGAAAGAGCGAUGGAGGGAUACAGCCCCAGCGAGUUCCCUUCGUGGAAAAGAAUUCCGGGAAUUCAUCAUUUG